UCAGGAUUUCUGCUUCCCAAAGGUUGGGCGGAUGGAGGAGGAGGCUGCGAGGAAGAGGAAGAUGCCGCGGGCCCCCCAGGCAGGUGAGGAGGAAGUCAGUGCCCCUUUGGGUCAGUCUUUUGUAUUUUGUGGCCGUCCUGCCGGGGCCGGAGUUGGGGGGAUGUCCUUGGGCUUCCCUGUGGGCUGGAGGCAAAUCCCCAGCGUGUCCUUGUUGCUUCCUGCCCCAGGCCCCGAGGUGAGGCCGGAGAGCGCAGAGGACAAAUCCCGGCGGCAGAGCCUGGUGGGAGAGGCCGUUUUGAAGGGCUCCCCGGCGCAGGAAGGCAGCGGGGAGGAAAAGGGCCGGAGAUGGCCCCGCAGGAGGGGCUCCAAAGCCAGCCCAGGGGGCUGUGAGGAGGAAAGAGCCAGCGUGUGCCGGGAAGGCGGCCGGAGCUUGAGGCGGAGCUGCGAGCUGGUGGUCCCUGAGCAGCCUCCCAGCAGGGAAAAGCCCUUCAGGUGUUUGGAAUGUGGGAAAAGCUUCAGCAAGAGAUCCGACCUCCUAAGGCACCAGCACAUCCACACUGGGGAACGGCCCUACAAAUGUGGGGAGUGUGGAAAGAGCUUCACUCAGAGCUCCCACCUGCUCCGACACCAGAUGAUCCACAGUGGGGAAAGGCCCCACAUGUGUGAGGAGUGUAGGAAGAGCUUCAGGAACAGGCGCACCCUCCACAAUCACCGACGCAUCCACAGUGGGGAAAAGCCCUACACGUGUGGGGAGUGUGGGAAGAACUUCAAUCAGAGCUCCACCCUGCUCCGACACCAGAUGAUCCACAGUGGGGAAAGGCCCUACACGUGUGAGGAGUGUGGGAAGAGCUUCAAUCAGAGCUCCAACCUGCUCCGACACCAGCGUCGCCUCCAUAUCAGGGAGAGGCCCUUCCACUGUGGGGAGUGUGGGAAGAGCUUCACGCAGAGCUCUUCCUUGACCUCCCACCAACGGACCCACCGCAGGGAAAAGCCCUUCAGGUGUUUGGAUUGUGGGAAGAGCUUCAGCAAGAGAACCAACCUCCAGAGGCACCAGCACAUCCACAGUGGGGAACGGCCCUACACGUGUGGGGAGUGUGGAAAGAGCUUCACUCAGAGCUCCAACCUGCUCCAACACCAGAUGAUCCACAGUGGGGAACGGCCCUACAUGUGUGAGGAGUGUGGGAAGAGCUUCAGUGACAGCUCCACCCUCCGCACCCACCGUCGCAUCCACACCGGGGAACGGCCCUACACGUGUGGGGAGUGUGGGAAGAGCUUCAGUGACCGCUCCACCCUCCGCACCCACCGUCGCAUCCACAGUGGGGAACAGCCCUACACGUGUGCGGAGUGUGGGAAGAGCUUCAGGAAGAGCUCCACCCUCCACAGUCAUCGACGCAUCCACAGUGGGGAACGGCCCUACAUGUGUGGGGAGUGUGGGAAGAGCUUCAGUGACAGCUCCACCCUCCGCAACCACCGUCGCAUCCACAGUGGGGAACAGCCCUACACGUGUGGGGAGUGUGGGAAGAGUUUCAGGCAGAUCUCCCACCUGCUCCGACACCAGAUGAUCCACAGUGGGGAACGACCCUACACAUGUGAGGAAUGUGGGAAGAGCUUCACUCAGAUCUCUGACCUGCUCCGACACCAGAUGAUCCACAGUGGGGGGCCCUACACGUGUGCGGAGUGUGGGAAGAGCUUCAGGGACAGCUCCAGCCUUUGCAAACACCGUUGCAUCCACACCAGGGAAUGGCCCUCCAAGUGCUUGGAAUGUGGGAAGAGCUUCAGCACAAGCACCAAGCUGCUCAGCCACCAGCACAUCCCCACUGGGGAACAGCCCUACACGUGUAGGGAAUGUGACAGCUCCACCCUCUACACCCACCAUCGCAUACACAUCAGGGAGAGGCCCUACAACUGUCGGGAUUGUGGGAAGAGCUUCACGCAGAGCUCUUCCUUGACCUCCCACCAACGGACCCACCGGUAAGAGAAGCCCCGAGUGCCCCGACUGCGGGAAGAGCUUCGGCCGCUGCUCCAACUCCAUCAGCCAUGGGAGGACCCGCGUUGGAUGAUCCACAGGGACCCCCGUUGGGCACAGAC